AUGGCCAGUAUAGAUUCUCUCCUCUUGGAGGAAUCUGUUCCCGGGUAUGUCCCAAAAGCUAUUCAUAAAGCUUCACAGGACCCAGAUCAACUCAGGAAGGACCUAGAGCUAUUGUUCCUCAAUCCAUCGGUCAAGUUCUCGUCAGAGUGGCUCAACCGCCUGCAGCAACGCUGGGACUCCGAAGCCGACUACUCGUCAAUUUUCAACGUCGCUCCUACACAGAGCCGCACUGCCACCCUCUUUCAGCGUCAUGGUCUCGAGGGUCGCGUCACAGGCUACAAAAAUGUCACGAUCCCCGCAGCAAACUCCACGGCCAAGAAUUCGACCAGCCUACUGAGAAAACCUGGAGGCCGGGCAGACUUUGUGAGGGGUGCUGCAGGAUUUUUCCCGUUUUCCCCGGGUGGUUUGGAGAGUGUCAAAGCCACGGCAGCUCUAGAGGAUAAAAUUCAUGGUGAUGGCCCUGUUGGCUACGAAGGCGAUGGCUCUAGCAAGAGCAAACUUGACAAAGUGAUCCAGCUAGGCCCCCAGGGGAAACUCUUGGAGAUCGCUCCUGGUUUGAUGAGGGGAAUCAAAUUCACUCCCAAAAAGUCUGGCCCAGGCCAGAACGACGCCCAUGCUGUGCGCCAAGUCCUCGAAGAGGACCCCGUGGGCCUAGAUGAUGAUUUUGCAGACCGGAGAAGGAGCGACGAGUCACCAACAGAUAUUUUGGCCUAUGAGGCAGGUGCAGAUGAAAGUGAGGGUGACGAUAUCGACGGCAUCCUCCCUAUCGAGUUUCCCUCGCUCGAACCCCAUGGCAUACUCGCCGCUUCCAGUGCGAGGAAGGUGGGUCGGGAAUGGGCGCACAUGGUUGACAUUAAGCAUGACAUGACGAAUUUCCGCGAACUUGUCCCAGGCAUGGCCAGAGAAUGGCCUUUCGAACUCGACACAUUCCAGAAAGAAGCCGUUUACCAUCUCGAAUGCGGCGACUCGGUGUUUGUCGCUGCUCAUACUUCGGCUGGAAAGACUGUCGUUGCCGAGUAUGCCAUUGCCCUGGCAGCAAGACACAUGACAAAAGCCAUUUACACAUCUCCCAUCAAGGCGCUCAGCAACCAAAAGUUCCGCGACUUCCGCCAAAUCUUUGACGAAGUUGGCAUCCUGACGGGUGAUGUCCAGAUCAACCCCGAGGCAAGCUGCCUCAUUAUGACGACUGAGAUUCUACGUAGCAUGCUCUACAGGGGUGCCGACUUAAUUCGUGAUGUUGAGUUUGUCAUCUUUGACGAGGUCCACUACGUCAACGACUUUGAGCGAGGCGUUGUCUGGGAAGAAGUCAUUAUCAUGCUGCCGGAGCACGUAUCCCUGAUCCUACUCUCCGCCACCGUGCCCAACACGCACGAAUUCGCCUCAUGGGUUGGACGAACGAAGCAAAAAGACAUAUAUGUCAUCUCCACCCCUAAGCGACCCGUCCCACUUGAGCACUAUCUUUGGGCCGGCAAGGACGUGUACAAGAUUGUCGAUUCAGAGAAGAAUUUCAUUGAGAAGGGGUGGAAGGAUGCCCACCAAGCAUACCAAGGAAAGGGUAAGGACAGACCAGCUCAGUCAACGGUCGCCACACGAGGUGGGAACCCCGGCGGUAACCAGAAAGGCAACCCUCAGAGGGGAGGCCAGAGGGGUGGAAGUCGUGGAGGUCAGCAGAGGGGAGGAAACCAACAGCGUGGAAGAGGAGGGCCUCCUCGUGCCAGCCACGCGCCUGGCCACAUGGGACGCUCUGGUCGCACCGGAGGAUUUACGUCGGCUAACCAGGACAAGAACCUGUGGGUUCAUCUGGUCCAGUACCUCAAGAAGAAGACUCUCCUCCCCGCCUGUAUCUUUGUCUUCUCAAAGAAGCGUUGCGAGGAAAAUGCCGAUGCUCUGAGUAACCAGGAUUUCUGUACGGCUUCUGAAAAAAGCCACAUCCACAUGGUUAUCGAGAGGUCCAUUGCGCGUCUCAAGCCUGAGGAUAGACAGCUUCCCCAGAUCAUCAGAUUACGAGAGCUCCUGGGCCGAGGCAUUGCUGUCCACCAUGGCGGAUUGCUUCCGAUCGUCAAGGAGAUUGUCGAGAUGCUCUUUGCCCAGACGCUCGUCAAAGUGCUGUUUGCAACCGAAACGUUUGCUAUGGGUCUGAACCUGCCCACACGUACUGUCGUCUUCUCUGGCUACCGGAAGCACGACGGACACUCUUUCCGAAACCUUCUCCCUGGCGAGUACACGCAGAUGGCUGGGCGAGCCGGUCGUCGUGGUCUCGAUACUGUUGGGUCUGUCAUCAUUGUACCCCCUGGAGGCGACGAAGCACCGCCCGCCGCAGAUCUUCGCAACAUGAUCCUAGGCGAGCCAUCUAAGCUCCGCUCGCAGUUCCGCCUGACGUACAACAUGAUUCUCAACCUCCUGCGGGUAGAAGCGUUGAAGAUUGAGGAGAUGAUUAAACGCAGCUUCUCGGAACACGCAACGCAACAACUCCUUCCAGAGCAUGAAAAGGAUGUCAAGCUGGCCCAGGCUGACCUUGCCAAGGUCAAGAAAGACUCAUGCCCCACAUGCGACGAACACAUGGUUGAGUGCCACCAGGCGUCCGAGGACUUCAAGCAGGCUACUCUUGAGCUGUACAAGGGACUUCUCAACAUACCUGUUGGGCGCCGUAUGUUUUCGCAGAACCGACUGGUCGUCUUCAAUUGGGAGGGAGUUCGUACUGCCGGCAUAUUGCUGGCGGAUGGCAUGAGCAUGAAGUCGUCGGCCGACCAGCCGGCGUUGCACAUAUGCGCCAUCAAGCCUCUUAGGGAGAGACGAGAUGCGAGUGACCAGCUCCCAUUCAUCCCGGAAUUCAGAAAAUAUUUCCAUAAAUUACCCCAGGGAAAGCGACGUGUGCACAUCAAGACACUACAUGUGCCUCUGAGCGAUGUCGAAUGUCUGACACACUGGGUUACCAAGGACAUUAUUCCCGAGAUCUUCCAAGGCGGCGAAGUUCUGCAGAAGGCAGACAAGCGACUUCAGGAGAUCUGCUCUACCUGGGACAAUCGGUGGGAUGAGAUGGACUUUUCAAAGGUCAAGAGCUUUCAGCUGCAGGAGCUCAUGGAGAAACGGGUUAACCUAGCCAAGGUGGUAUCCGAGUCGCCAGUGACAAAAUGCCCCAACUUCCUUAAGCACUUUGCCAUGUGUCAUGACGAGUGGCUCAUCAAGGAGCACAUUUCGCAGCUGAAGCAGUCUCUGUCGGAUCAGAACCUUCAGCUCCUACCAGACUAUGAACAGAGAGUCCAGGUGCUCACGGAGCUUGGAUUUAUUGACGAUGCCACGCGUAUCCAGCUCAAGGGCAAGGUGGCAUGUGAAAUCCACUCUGGUGACGAACUCGUGCUUACCGAGCUAAUUCUGGAUAAUGCACUGGCCGAGUUUGAGCCGGCUGAAAUUGCGGCUCUACUAUCGGCCUUUGUAUUCCAAGAGAAGACAACGGUUGAGCCUGUGUUGACGGGCAACCUGGAGCGCGGUAAGGAGACAAUUAUCCGGAUAUCCGAGAAAGUCAACGACGUUCAGACACGACUCCAAGUGAUCCAACCGACCGACGACAGCAACGACUUUGUAUCCAGGCCACGCUUCGGCAUCAUGGAGGUCGUAUAUGAGUGGGCCAGGGGCAUGAGCUUCAAGAACAUUACGGCGCUUACCGACGUACUCGAGGGAACCAUUGUGCGCACUAUCACGCGACUCGACGAGACGUGUCGCGAGGUCAAGAACGCAGCGCGCAUUGUCGGUGAUCCAGACUUGUAUCAGAAGAUGCAGACGGCCCAGGAGAUGAUCAAGAGGGAUAUUACGGCUGUAGCAAGCUUGUACAUGUAA